AUGCAUGCAGAAGAGCGACAAAAUAGAUGGGAAGUGCAGGGUGUGCAGGGAACCCUACGCAAGCAAGAUUUCGCGCUGAGACCCGCUCAGAGUGUUGUCACCUCAGAUGGCGCUGUGCAUCGAUUCUCAUCCACAACUGCCAAGAAACGCGGCCGGCAAAGAAUGGCGGGAAAGAGUAAUCAGAAGAAUGGUGGACGAGUUAGAAUCAAUGUUGGUGGGGUCGUGUUCGAAACUACAGUCUCCACAUUAACAAGGCUGAAUAAUACGUUGCUUUCCACGAUGGUGGCGGAACGUUGGCGAAACCAGGAAGAGUUUUUCGUGGAUAGGAACCCAAGAUAUUUUGCAAAAAUACUAGAUUACCUAAGGGACGGUGAAAAUGUUACUCUUCCUAAUGGAAGUGAGGCCCGGGAAGCUCUUCGAAAGGAAGCUGAAUUCUACAACCUCCAUGGUCUUGCCAAGAUGUGCAUGUCUUGCCCGUCCGCAUACAAAGUCGACGAAGGCUCUGUAGAAGACAUCAAAACUGGUGAUGUAGUGCGCUGGAGGGAAAGUGUUAUCGAAAAUUACUGGAAGUAUCUUGUCAGGUACUGGUACGAGCGUGAACAAGCACGGUAUCGCGAAGAAAAUUCACGUUGUAUAGCCUGUGGAAGUCUCGCGGAGCAUUAUGUUGGUCCCACAGCCACAGUUACUAAAGUCGAUGUCGAUAAAAUAUUGACCGAACGUGGCGAUUGGAUAGCGCUGAGGCAACAUAUGCCAUAUAUGAAAGGACAAGUGACAAAUGCGCGGGAUGAUCUGUCUUGCUGUAUGGUGCAGUGGGGGACUGCUAUGAGCACACACGUUCCGAAGUCUGCAUUGCGCUUGGAUAAUCCCCAUUUAAUGGCCUCCGAUACCUCCAACAUACGCCCGAGUUAUACUCCUUCCUCACCUUUGUAUUCUCCUCGUGAACCGAAUUAUACUCCUUCCUCAUCUUUGUAUUCUUCUUGCUCAUCUGGGUAUACCCCUUGA